AUGGCAGAACCACAAGCAUCUCCAAAAUCACAAUCAACACCAUACCCAAGUAACUUUGCCCCCGCAUACCGUUAUAAAUCAAAUCCACCACCACAACCAAAACCAGCACCAAUACUAAAACCAAUUCCAAUUUCACCAACAAUACCAAACUCACCAUACCCAUACACUUUUGUUCCAUCAUACAGAUAUCAAAAAGUUUCAACAUCUACACCAUUAUCAACAACAACCAAAUCAGAAACCAGUUCAUCUUCAAGUUUUAACUUAUCUGAGGAAUUAGAAAUAUUAAAGCAACAACAAAAGCAACAACAACUUGAUUAUCAUAGUAAUGAAGAACAAUUUAAAUCUCAAAUUAAUCAAUUAAAAGAAGAAUUAAAAUCAGUAAAAAAAGAAAAAGAUCAAACUAAAAAUGAUAAUUAUCAGCUUAUUAACCAAAUUAAACAAUUAAAUGAACAAAAUAAAGAAUUAAUGGAUCAGUUAAAAAUAUUAAAAGAACAGAAUCAACAAUCUAAUAACGAAGAUCAAAUUAAUAAGCUAAAACAUGAAAACAAUCAAUUAAAAGAUCAAUUAGAAUCAUUAAAACAAAAAGAUAGAGAUAAAGAGGAACUAUUAAAUCAAAUUGAAAAAAUAUUAAAACAAGAUAAUUAA